ACAGAUUUUCUCUCUCUAUAUGUAUAUAUAUACUUAGACCCGUGAGUGUAGUAGUAGUAGUAGUGAUAAACAUUGCAGUUAACAGAAAAAAAAUGGAGGAUAACAAUGGAGAAAGAUCGCCGGUCGCCGGAGAAGACGGUGAGUAUAAGGCGGAGGACGUGAGCGAGGAGGUAGACAGCAUGGUGAGGUGGUUGUUCUCGAUGGAAAAUGACGACGAGGUAAAUGCGAUUGAGUUAUCGAAGUUUCUGGAAGCUUCAGCGGAGAAGACGCAUCCGAUGAAGGUGAAGAUCAUCGACGAUCCUUGCUGGCAUCCGGUGAUUUUUCAGACUGCGGCGUCGUACAUUACGAUUAAUGGUAAUGAGGAGCUGUGUGGAUCUUCGUUUUCGGAUUCGGAUACUUCGUAUAUGGCGGGGAUAGCUGGUGGAUGUGGUUUUGUGUUUGGUGACGGUGGCGCGUGGGAAGGUGUUGGGGAGGAGACGCGUGGGUGGAUAGAGGCGGAGGAUGGGAGUUGUUUGGUCAAUGCUUCGAGUAAUGGUUACUGUGACGAUGACAUGCUGGCGAAGUUUUUAGGCGAUGAUGUUGGGCAGACGCUGUGCGAGUAAGUGUAAUGCACGCGCCGUUGAUGGGGUUUGGGGUUUUAGUUAGGGUUUUUGAAUAUGGGGUUUUUUAGGUAAGAAAAUUGUACAAAGUUUGACAUAGAAGAAAGAAUUAAAACAAUGGAAACGUGAAAGAGGACAUGUACUAAAAUUGGAAAUGCUUGUUUUGGUUGCA